UCUUCAGGAUAACAAGACACUGCGGAGGGCCUUUAAACGCACUCUACGGUCGAUACGGCUGCUAUACACGUCGGAGUGUUUCGGUUUUUUUUAAUACCUAAGAGGACCGUUUUCGUCGGAGGUGCUUGAGCAGAGACACAGAAGUCAGAUUUCAUGCCGGUUUUCGGGAAACUGUGUACGACUUCACGGUCGUGACACGACUUUGACGGGCGCGGUGCGGCGGAGUUGGCGCACUGCUGGACUGGAUAUAUAUUAUUCGCUUGCAGCCAAGACGGUCCGCACCACCAUUUAAACUGCGCCUGAACUGACUUCUCCUCACACUAUAUUUGUUCUUCUGACUCUCAGCGGGUGAACAGGGAUCGUCUGCGCCGGCUUUUCAGCUCGAAUAUGUUGCUGUCAAAGUUUGGUUCAUUUUCGCAUAUUUGCAAUCCUUCAAGUAUGGACCAUCUACCAGUGAAAAUACAGAUCCAGCCGGUCAAGGUGGAAAAGGAGCCCUUCGAAAAGGUUUACCAGGUGGGAUCCGUGCUGGGCAGCGGGGGAUUUGGAACAGUGUACGCCGGCAGCCGGAUCUCUGAUGGCGCACCGGUUGCUGUGAAACACGUUGCAAAGGAGAGGGUGACAGAGUGGGGCACAAUUAAUGGAGCUAUGGUGCCUUUGGAAAUCCUGCUGCUGAAGAAGGUCAGCUCGUCUUUUCGCGGAGUUAUCAAAUUGCUGGACUAUUACGAGCGGGCGGACGGCUGGCUGAUCGUCAUGGAGAGGCCGGAGCUCGUCAAGGACCUUUUCGACUUCAUCACCGAGAAGGGCGCCCUGGACGAGGACACGGCUCGGGGCUUUUUCCGCCAGGUUUUGGAGGCGGUCAGACACUGCUACAGCUGCGGCGUAGUACACAGAGACAUCAAAGAUGAAAACCUGCUUGUGGAUCUACGCACCGGGGAGCUCAAGCUUAUUGACUUUGGCUCAGGCGCGAUUCUCAAGGACACGGUCUAUACCGAUUUCGAUGGUACAAGAGUGUACAGCCCACCGGAGUGGAUCCGCUUCCAUAGAUACCAUGGUCGCUCGGCGACAGUGUGGUCGCUUGGUGUGCUGCUGUAUGACAUGGUGUGUGGAGACAUCCCCUUCGAGCAGGACGAGGAGAUCCUCAGAGGGAGACUGUACUUCAGGAGGAGGGUUUCAGCCGAGUGCCAGCAGCUGAUCAAAUGGUGCCUGGCCCUGCGGCCCUCAGACCGACCCACCCUGGAGCAGAUUUGCGACCACCCCUGGAUGAGGGCGACGACUGAGUCGCCCAAGUCGCCAGAGGAGCCGGUAGCCGGUGACAUCCGCCUCAGGACCAUCGACACAGACUCUUCUUCAAGCACAAGCUCGAGCAAGGAGAGCCUCUGAGGAUGGCUCUGAUGGACUGAAAAGACUUUCUGGGGAAAGAAGGGGUGGGAAUGGAGGGAGUGAUAAUGGACUCAAGGCCAGCAGCCUGUAGCCCAAAUGGCCCAUCAGCGGCUGGGUGCUUGACUCCACUGGUCCGGCAAGAAAAAUGUACUUUAAUGUUCCUCUUUUUGUAGGGAAUUUCUAAUUUAUUACUAUUUGUUCUUCCUUAUUUCCCCCAUACCCUCUUUUUUUUCUUUCAGUUGAUUAUACUUGUUUCCUAAUGGGGAACAUUUUGCUGUUUGGGCGGUCUUACCAGCACUAUUUAUCCCCCCUCCCCUUAACUUUAUUUUACUCGUUUUGUUACUAGGCUGGUAUAUGCAGCUGGCAAGGCCCUCCUAUUCAGACAUGGCUGCUCUCAUAGAGCUUGGAGAAAAAAACCUUUUUAUUUAAAUGUUUUAAUUUUGAUUUUGGAGUGCCUUUUUUUGGAAAGCUGCUUUUCUGGGGGCUUUCGUCAACAACUCUGUUUUUCGGAUUUGCCCGUGGCCUGGCCGGUUAAGUUGCCUGUGCUGUGAUGGAAGGAGGGGUUUAGGCUUUCUUUUUUUUUUUCCCUUCCUCCUCCUCCUCUCCAUCACUGUAAGCCAACCAGCCCCCAGCCCAGAGGCUAAGAUAGCAUUAGAUAGGAGAGAAGGAGGUGGGGGCUCUUCCUGACAAUGUAAUACUUGAAACACACUCGACUCAACUCUGUGUCGCUCUCUUUAACGCUGCUCACUCACUCUAUAGCCUGAACAGGUGUUUGGAAACUGGAUCCUGUCUUUUCUGAAUGUCUACAAAAUGUCAACACACACACACACCUCCCUCCCCCCACCUUUUUCUCCUCCACCCAACUCCCCCAUGCCUGUUGUGGGGUGUGUGGCCCUCUCAACUUAUAUUUUCUUUUUGCCUCCCGCCAUCUCACUGCUUAAUCCUACAUGGCCCCUGCCCCUGGCCUCCCUCAGGGUUUGGGGUGUGAAAUGCACAAUCAAUGCAAUAUUCAUGGACUCAAUUAUGUUUUGUUUUUUGUGUUUUUCUUUUUUUUUUUUUUUUUUUAAUUCAACAAAUAUUGUACAGCGUGUAUUAUUUUUUCUCUUUUUGUGUGUGUACAUUUUUUUUCUUCCCCUUUGCAUUAAUUUAUUUGUAAACAUGUAGACAUUCCACACUCUGUGGCUAUUUAUUUAUUUAUUGUCUCUGCUUAAAAUCCCCCCCUAAAAAUUUGCAUAUCCUACUUGGCCUUUGGUUUGCAUUCCUAUAACUUAUUUCUACAUUUCAACAUGAUUUUUUUUUUUUUGUUUUUUGUUUUUUGUUUUUUUUUUUUAGAUGUGGAGGAUGCACUGAAGCAGUUGUCGAUGUAAAGCAGAAUAAAACAAGUUUACUUAAAUUUGAAAAGAGCAUUUGAAUGUUAUUUAAGUACUUAAAAAAAAAAUUGGUAGUGUUGAAUGGCUAAGUAUCAGAGAAAUCCAUCUGGUUUCUGUGCUGUCAAGAUUAAUUUGAGUUCUAUGGGAAGCUAAACAACGGGUGAAACAGCUUUUGUAGUUGUCACAUAGCCUCAUAUUGGAGACCUUUCAGUUUAGCGGUGUGACUUGUGGCUGUGAAGGAUGGAUAUUGCUAUUUUUUGAUACCGAAGUUUCAAUUAAAUUCCCAUUUUUAUGUACAGAAA